AUGGGAGGUAGCAGCGGCGGCGGAGUUUCGUACCGGAGCGACGUCGACUCGGACGUGGAGUUGGAGGAUUACGAGGUGGACGAUGAUUUCGGAGAAGAAGGGAUCGUCGAAUCGGGUGGAAACAGAUUCAAUCCCCUCACGAAUUUCUUAGGGUUAGAUUUCACCGGAGGUAACGGCGGAAAGUUCACCGUCAUUAACGGAAUCAGAGACAUUUCGAGAGGUUCCGUUGUUCAUCCUGAUAGCGGAUGCUACAAGGCGUGGACCAUGUUCAUAGUGAUAUGGGCACUUUACUCUUCUUUCUUCACUCCAUUGGAGUUCGGAUUCUUCAGGGGAUUACCAGGGAAUCUGUUCAUCCUCGACAUCCUUGGCCAAAUCGCUUUCUUAGUCGAUAUUGUGUUAACAUUCUUCGUGGCUUAUAGAGAUAGCAGAACUUACAGAAUGGUCUAUAGACGCAGCUCCAUCGCUUUACGCUACUUAAAAUCAACUUUUAUUAUUGAUUUUUUAUCAUGCAUGCCAUGGGAUAUCAUCUACAAGGUAGCAGGUCGAAAAGAAGAAGUGAGAUACCUAUUGUUGAUAAGGCUAUAUAGAGUUCGUAGAGUCAUCUUGUUUUUCCACAAAAUGGAGAAAGACAUAAGAAUCAAUUAUCUUUUCACAAGAAUCGUCAAGCUAAUAUUCGUCGAGCUCUAUUGCACUCACACCGCGGCUUGUAUCUUCUAUUACUUGGCCACCACGCUUCCUGCUUCUCAAGAAGGAUACACCUGGAUCGGAAGCUUGAAACUGGGAGACUACAGUUACGCUAAGUUUAGAGAGAUCGAUCUCUGGACCCGUUACACCACUUCUAUGUACUUCGCUGUUGUCACUAUGGCAACUGUUGGUUAUGGAGAUAUACAUGCGGUUAAUAUGCGGGAAAUGAUAUUCGCAAUGGCCUACAUUUCAUUUGACAUGAUUCUAGGAGCUUACUUGAUCGGUAACAUGACAGCUUUGAUAGUAAAAGGUUCGAAAACAGAGAGAUUCAGGGACAAGAUGGCGGAUAUAAUGAGGUAUAUGAACCGAAACAAACUCGGUAGAAACAUCCGUGGUCAGAUCACUGGUCAUUUGCGGUUGCAGUACGAAAGUAGCUACACCGAAGCAGCUGUUCUUCAAGACAUACCUGUCUCUAUCCGCGCUAAGAUCGCUCAAACUUUAUACUUGCCGUAUAUUGAGAAAGUUCCUCUCUUCCGUGGCUGCUCAUCUGAGUUCAUUAACCAGAUUGUUAUAAGACUUCAUGAAGAAUUUUUUCUCCCUGGAGAAGUUAUAAUGGAGCAAGGAAGUGUUGUUGAUCAACUCUACUUCGUUUGUCAUGGUGUAUUGGAGGAGAUAGGUACAGCUAAGGAUGGAUCUGAGGAGAUAGUAUCGCUACUUCAACCAGAUAACUCUUUUGGAGAGAUUUCAAUCCUCUGCAACAUUCCUCAGCCUUACACAGUUCGAGUUUCCGAGCUGUGUAGGAUUCUAAGGCUAGACAAACAAUCUUUCAUGAACAUUCUUGAGAUAUAUUUCCAUGACGGACGGAGGAUACUCAACAAUCUGCUUGAAGGGAAAGAAUCUAACGGCCGGAUUAAGCAGCUGGAAUCAGAUAUAACCUUUCAUAUCAGUAAACAAGAGGCAGAGCUAGCUUUGAAGUUGAACAGCGCUGCUUUCUACGGUGAUCUUUACCAGCUUAAGAGCUUGAUCCGAGCUGGAGCUGACCCAAAUAAAACAGAUUAUGAUGGAAGAUCCCCUUUGCAUCUUGCAGCUUCUAGAGGAUAUGAGGACAUCACACUGUAUCUUAUUCAAGAAUCAGUAGAUGUAAACAUCAAAGAUAAACUGGGGAACACGCCGUUACUAGAAGCAAUCAAGAACGGGAACGAUCGUGUUGCUACCUUGCUUGUGAAAGAAGGUGCAACGUUGAGUAUAGAGAACGCAGGGACUUUUCUUUGCACUGUGGUUGCCAAAGGAGACAGCGAUUUCUUAAAACGUCUUCUCAACAAUGGUAUUGAUCCAAACUCUAAAGAUUAUGAUCAGAGGACACCUCUUCACGUUGCUUCUUCUGAAGGAUUGUAUCUCUUGGCAAGACAGUUGGUCGAAGCAGGUGCUAAUGUCCUAAAAAAAGACAGGUGGGGAAAUACUCCUCUAGAUGAAGCCCUAGUUUGUGGAAACAAGAUGUUGAUAAAACUACUUGAAGACGCUAAGACUUCUCAGAUGUCUUCGUUUCUGAAUAGCUCUAAAGAGAUCAAAGAUAAAGUUUAUAAGAAGAAAUGUACAGUCUAUUCUUCACAUCCGAAUGAUUCCAAAGAGAAAAGAAGACGUGGGAUUGUAUUGUGGGUGCCUCGAAGCAUAGAGGAGCUCGUAAAAACUGCAGCAGAACAGUUGAAUUUUCCGGAAGCUUCUUGUGUUUUGUCUGAAGAUGAAGGUAAAAUUAUUGAUGUAGAGUUGAUAAGUGAUGGACAAAAACUGUAUCUGACUAUUGAAACAUAAUAUGAUUCAAGACAAUUUUCAAAAACAUAGUAAAUACAAAAGAAUUGUGUUGUGCAUUG